AUGAAAUUAACAUCAGCUAUUCUACAUGAUUUUUCUGUUGGUGGGCAUAUGGCUUCAUUAGCAUUUACAAAAUGGCCUGAUCCACCUUCUCGACAAUUCUAUGAAAAUAAAGUCUCUCAAACAUUUUAUGAUUAUUUACGGGAACGAAAUCGAUCAAUAGAUUCAAAUAAAAUUGUUCCCGAUCUUAUUAAAGAUAUGAUUCGUCUUCUUAUGGAUGAAUUUAUAUCUUUAUGUUUUCAUCAUGCUGCUGCUGAAAUGUUACAACGGUAAGAACCAAAUGUAAAACUAAAAAAACAUCUAAUCGUAUCACCAAUUUCUAUUACUACACCUAAUAAUUCGUGAAGAUAUAUAUUUUUUUCAUAUAGAUAUUUUCUCGAAAAGUAUCAAAUAUUUCCUAGUUUUGGUGGUACGAUUUCAAUAAUAACUCAGAGAAAAGAAAACUUUUGAUCGAAUAUAAACUACAUAGAUAAUAUAUUAAUCGUUUUGUUUUUUAAAUAUAAUUAAUGAAGUAUCUUUCAGGUUAAUUUGACAACUUUCAUUUUUUGACCCGCAUACAACAACUUCCGUUCUUCCAACGAUAUCUGAAAAAAAUGAGAAAAAACAAAAAUUAUUAAAUUAACUUGAAAAAUACUUCAUUUGACUCAGUUUUUUGUUCUGAUUACGAAUCUGUAUUUAGUUUGUGACUAAAAUUCUGAUUUGAAUUCAAAAAAUUGUUGAAUACCAUCUGAAAUGGCUAUGA